AUGAAAGAUCUUCUGUGUAGCUCUCUUCCAGAAGGGCCAGAGAAUGCGGAUGACUAUUUACAUGACUAUGAUGGAGAGAGUGAUGAUGAGGAUUUGUCAAAAUCCAUCAAAUCCGCACACUACUCCUCGUCCCAAGACAGAUUUAUGAAGGAUCAUGACUUGAAGGUGAAAACUUUUGAAGCUUUGCAUGGGAACAAUGGGUCCAAACCGUCUUCACCAGGUGGAAGGAAGCUUAGAAGAAGGGAAUCUGUCAUUGAUAUGCCACACAACCUCCACCCACCUCCAUCACAAGCGCCACAUGUAGCAGCAAAUAAUGAUUUCGUUUUCGGAACAAAUGCUUUGCCCGAAGAAGUACCAUCAACUGAGCUUAUUCAAUUCUAUCUGGACGUAAAGGAAUGCUUGGAUCUUCGUCACAAGUACUUGGAGCUUUCGUUGCAAACGCCCGAGCUGUUGAAUCCAAAAAACCAACCUGAUUGGCACAUUUAUCCUGCUCCGCCCAAACCAACUUAUAAGUCGAAAAAUAAAUUCAACCAGGUAAGGUCUACGCCAGAUGAGGAUGAGGAGUUUGAUUUCAAUAAAUGCGACAUACCGGAUUUGAGCGACACUGCUUUAUACUUUGUUUUAAGUGAAGAAGGGGUGUAUGAGGUGUAUGAUAAGAACAAUAAUGAAAAACUCGUCCAAGUACCAAACUUGCAUGAGUAUUACAAUGAUUUAGCGUUUAUUGGAAACAUAUCCUCCGAUGGGCCAACAAAGUCGUUUUCGUUCAAAAGGUUGCAAUAUCUUGAGGCCAAAUGGAAUAUGUAUUACUUGUUGAAUGAGUUUGAGGAAACCAAACAGUCGAAGGCGAACCCACAUCGAGACUUUUAUAACGUUAGAAAAGUGGACACUCACAUUCACCACUCAGCAUGUAUGAAUCAAAAACACUUGCUUCGUUUCAUCAAAUAUAAAUUAAAGACAGAGCCGGACGAGCCAGUAAUUUUCCGUGAUGGCAAAAUUUUGACAUUAGCAGAAGUAUUCCAAUCGUUGAAGUUAACAGGGUACGAUUUGUCUAUUGACACGUUGGACAUGCACGCACAUACUGAUACUUUCCACAGAUUUGACAAGUUUAACUUAAAGUAUAACCCAAUUGGGGAGUCAAGAUUGAGAGAAAUCUUUUUGAAAACCGACAAUUUCAUAGACGGGAGGUAUUUGGCAGAAAUCACCAAACAGGUAAUGGAAGAUUUGGAGAAUUCAAAGUAUCAAAUGAAUGAGCUUAGAAUUUCAAUCUACGGCAGAUCUAUUCACGAAUGGGACAAAGUUGCGUCGUGGGUGAUUGAUAACAAGUUGUUUAGUCACAAUGUCAGGUGGCUCAUCCAGGUGCCUAGAUUAUACGACAUUUACAAAAAGAAUGGAAAUAUUCGUUCCUUUUCGGAUAUUGUCAAGAAUUUAUUUGAGCCAUUGUUUGAAGUUUCAAGAAAUCCAAAACUGCACCCAAAACUUCACGUAUUCUUGCAAAGGGUGGUUGGGUUUGAUAGUGUGGAUGAUGAGUCAAAAUCGGAAAAGCCAUUGCCACCACAUAAGUAUCCCUCUGCUGUGGAGUGGAAUUUCACUUCCAACCCUCCAUAUUCCUACUACAUUUAUUAUUUGUAUGCAAAUAUCACCAGUUUGAACCAUUUGCGGUUGAAGAAUAAUUUCAAUACGUUUGUAUUGAGACCUCAUUGCGGUGAAGCAGGAGACCCCCAUCACUUGAUAAGCGCGUUUUUGACGUCUUAUGGAAUAUCACAUGGUAUCUUAUUGAGAAAGCUCCCCUUUAUUCAAUACUUGUACUAUCUUGAUCAAGUUGGACUCGCAAUGUCACCUUUAUCCAACAACGCAUUAUUCCUCACAUAUGACAAAAACCCUUUUUACAAUUUUUUCCAAAAGGGAAUGAAUGUUUCCUUAUCAACGGAUGAUCCAUUGCAGUUUUCUUAUACAAAGGAGCCAUUGAUUGAAGAGUAUUCGGUUGCAGCGCAAAUAUACAAAUUGUCCGGAGUUGAUAUGUGCGAAUUGGCCAAAAACUCUUGUUUGCAAAGUGGAUGGGAAGCGAGGAUCAAAGAGCACUGGUUGGGUAAAAAUUACAUGAAAGGCGGGGUCGAGGGUAAUGACAUUGAAAAGACAAACGUGCCCGAUAUUCGCGUGCUCUUCAGAGAAGAGACAUUGAAUAGUGAAAAACAUUUGGUACAAUAUUACAACGAAAUGAAGGAUAAGCAAACAAACACCGAGUAG